CUUCCUGUUGGGAGCGUGGUCAGCGUUCAAGCUCUCAGUAAGAGUUGCAGCUUCUGCUCGGGAUCCGAUGGAAGGCCACAACUGUAACGGUUACGAGCAUCAGUGCGACUGGUUCUACCCGUACGAAUCCUGUGCGAGCGCCGGUUUCGUGGAAGAUCACCAAGAUUGCUACGAUUCCCGCUCGCUGCAAUGUUUCCAGAAUCGUCGCUUGAGCGUGAAUGAGCACUUCGUCCACCAGGAAUACACGAUGCCCGUCGGUCGCUACAAUCGUCGCUCGUCGGUGACUUACAGCUCGUCAACCUAUUCGCUCCCUAGCACUUGCUUCACUCAGUGGCAGCAGCCCUACACGUGCGCCGGGUACGAAUCGCAGCACUGCUGCGCCUGCAGCGAGGAAGCUUCGGAAUCGGACAGCGAGGCCGAUUACGCGCCGUGCGGACGACGGCGCGGGGUGUGAGGGAGAGCCAAGCUCGGGGAACAUGCUGCAAGAUGCCGAUGAUCUGCCGAUGGUACUGGAAGAUUUUCAGAAAUCGCACUCAAACCUAUCGCCUGCCGAGAUCAUAGCUUGUUGCUCGCUCCAUCGUCUCCGAUCGGAUCCAAUCCCAUCCGGCGCGUUACUCCUUCCGCUCCGU